UCCUUAGCAACGGCCAAAUGUGUGAUUCAAAAGUAGUGACGUCACGCCUUUCCCGUGGUGCAUAGCGAGCUCAGAUUGAACCUUCGGCUGAAGGGACGUUUACAUUUCAUAUGCUCUGUUUUUUAAAUAGUAAAAAAGCGUCCGACGAAAAACUUUCCACUGGAACUGACGCAGCGAGGACGAAUCGUUCCACGGUAUCAUGGAUCAGGACUAUGAGUGCAGGCUGCUCAGGCAGAUCAACAUCCAAAAUGAGAAUGCAAGCCCCGUAAAAGCUGUAGGAGCUGCGCGAGCUCUGACACCCACCAGCUCCCCUCUGUCCUCCCCUAGCAAGCAUGGUGAUCGCUUCAUUCCCUCCCGGGCCGGAGCCAACUGGAGUGUCAACUUCCACCGCAUCAAUGAAAUUGAAAAGUCGCAUAAUCAAAAUAGGAAAACCAAAGAUGGCACAACAGACAGCAACAAAGACAAAAGCCAGAUUGGUGGGUGCUACUGGGGUAACCUGGUGGCAGUGGGGACUCAUAAAGGCUAUGUACAGAUCUGGGAUGCAGCAGCAGGGAAGAAGCUGUCUGUACUAGAGGGGCACACAGCCAGAGUGGGUGCGUUAGCAUGGAAUGCAGACCAGCUGUCAUCUGGGAGCCGUGAUCGGGUGAUCCUGCAGCGGGACAUUAGAGCCCCGCCUCUCCAGUCUGAGCGCCGUCUCCAAGGACACAGACAGGAAGUGUGCGGGCUCAAGUGGAGCACGGACCAUCAGCUGCUUGCCUCCGGUGGAAAUGAUAACAAGCUGCUCGUGUGGAACCACUCGAGCGUCCUCCCGGUGCAGCAGUACACAGAGCACUUGGCUGCAGUGAAGGCCAUCGCCUGGUCUCCCCACCAGCACGGCCUUCUGGCCUCUGGUGGCGGCACCGCCGACCGCUGCAUCCGCUUCUGGAACACUCUAACGGGCCAACCGCUGCAGUGCACUGACACGGGCUCUCAAGUCUGCAACCUGGCCUGGUCCAAGCACACAAACGAACUGGUCAGCACUCAUGGUUAUUCCCAGAACCAGAUCUUGGUGUGGAAGUAUCCCUCGCUAACUCAAGUGGCCAAACUCACAGGGCAUUCCUACAGAGUUCUCUACCUGGCUAUGUCACCCGACGGAGAGGCCAUUGUGACGGGGGCUGGAGAUGAAACUCUUCGGUUCUGGAACGUCUUCAGCAAGAUGAGAUCCACUAAGGAAUCAGUGUCAGUGCUGAACCUCUUCACAAGGAUCCGGUAGUAAACACACCCCUGUACUACGAGGGGAAUAAAGGCGGGAAGGGAAUUCUUUGUUGCAUGUGUCAAGCUCUAAGUUGGCGCCCUUCUUUGAGUGUUCACCUCGGUAGUCUACGGAGGACCUCCCCUCGAUUGCCCUUAGUUUAUUGAGCCAAACUGUUUUGCUGGGAGGUUGGAGGAUCAGGAGUGUGAAGGGCAGAGGACAAACUUUCAGUACACACAGUAUUCCACCUCCUCCUGAGUAGUGAUGGAGCCACUGCCUCCUCCAGCACACCAGAGAGCUCUGAGGAUGAGGAGGAUUUUAGGGGCAUAAUGUCCCUGGUGCGAUUAUGUUUUGUUUACAGACUGACGUUGUGCGUACCUGCCAAAUAUUGAGUUUGUCUUUUUGAUUGUCUAUUUAUUUUAUUGAGUUGUUUUUUUUUGUUUUACUUAUUUUAACACAUAUUCUUACUCGUGUGUUUGUUUCAGAGGCUGGUAGAUCCCCAUUAUGUGUAACUGCAGUUUUUGAGUGUGUUUGGCUUUGUUCAGGUUUACAGAAACAUCCAAGCUUGUCUUUUUAUAUUUUAACGACAGGCAAAAUAUCUCAUGUACACUGAUGACAGAUUUCAUAACACUGUGCCAUUUCAAGGAAUGAUAACGGUUGGACGAAUGGGCCUCAUCACCUUUUUUUAAACAUGACAUUAAGUUCAUUUUACUCAAAUGAUAUUAAGCAGUUUGGGCAAAUAUUGUUUCAUCGUUUCUAAAGAGAAAUUGGCACAUCUUAGAAGAAACUAAUACCUUACUGUAGAACAGUCACUUACAGAAAUAAUUAAUGUUCAAAUUUGAAGAUUUUAAUGUGACAUGUGUGGAAGUCUUGUUUCUUAAAUGAUAAUCAGGCAAGGAAAGUAAAAAAAGACCCUUGAGUUUAUCAGGAGUUUGAAAUGGUAACUAAAGUGCACAGUAACAACAUUUCAAAUGAAACCAGGCAGCUGUAUUGCUGCUCUGUGCUGUGUCUGCUAAGAUAUUCAAGCUUGGGGCACUUGUCUUUGCUACUUCAGACCAUUUCUGUGUUGAGCAGUCACAUUUUUUUUAAUAUAAAAAAAUCAUCUGUAGCAUUUUCUUCCAAUUUAGAUUUUUUGUUCUUCCCCUGUAUGAAUGUUUGAUAGCGUGCCACAUUUAAAUGAAUGCUAUUUAUUUGUGUUGUGAAAGGUUCUUGUACAGAGGUUGGACGUUUGUUUACUAAUGUUAUCUGAGGGAAGGUGAUGAGCAGGUUCACUGCUAAACUCUGUGGAAAUUUACUUUAAUACCACUUCAACAUCAAGACGAUGCUGCCAACUUGAAUUACAGAUAGAAUGUUAAGAAGAAAAAAUAUUUCUGUACUGAGAGAUAAUCAACAAUUAAAAGACCAUAUCUUGUA